AUGGAUGUUGGUGAAAAAUGUGACUAUAGCAUCCGUUUGAACUGGGAAGGCCGAAGGGGGAAGCGGCCAGAGCCCGGUGUGCUAGAUUUCAGUCAGGAAGUCUUAUCGCCGCCUUUGCCUGCCAGAGGGUUCAAGUUGGUGCACCAAUAUCCUUCAUCUGACAACCCAGGAGCACGGAGGCUUGAGCCCCUUACCGGUCCACAAAGUCAGCCAAAGCUCGACCAUAAUAGGCCUCUUUCCCAGAUAGCAGUUCCUUUAGACAAUCCAUCAUUCAGGACUAUCGGCGAUACGGAAUCAUUGCCUGCCAGCAAGCGCGCAAAGCUGGCCUCGGAUCUUCAUACUCCUGAUCCCCAAUCAGCGCAUCCGAUUGAACAGAGGCACAACUCAGCGGCCAGCUCGACUUUAGACUCGAGCGUGGCAUCCUUCAGAUUUACAGUUGGCUCUGGCCUAACGUCUGCUUCUCCUCUAACCCCUACCACAUCUUCUACAUACAGCGAUGAUGACCAACGUCACGCUAGCCGAAGACUUUCCGUAAAUUCACUUUUGUCGAUACCUCCGGGCCCUCAAGCUUUACAAGACGAAAGUGCCAGUCGAGUAAGGGCCAGCCUACCACCAAUAGACACUCGAACGCGUGUAUCAACAGAAGCAACUUAUUACGGCAUUGACCGCGGUUUUCCGGAUCGUGACCUGGGUAAGAAUGAAGACACAAUCGCUAUUAGUGGGUCAUCGCCGCUACUACAACGCGAAUUUUUGGAUACCCCUUUUGAACCGAUUGAUGAUCUAGUUUGGACCGAAUUUGGGUUCGGGGUCGAGACUAAUGAGUUUAUUGAAGAGGAGGGUGGAUAUUAUUCAAGGCCAGUUUCGAUAUAUAUCCCUCGCAGCCUCGAGCCGCUUCCCACGCAAUUAAUUGAUAACCCUAUGAACCUUCUUCAUCAUUUCUUGAACCAUACCGCUCGAGUUCUUGUUCCUUAUGAUGAUCCACAUGCAAAUCCCUUCCGGACAAUACUCCCGCAGAUGGCCGUCAAGAAUGACAAUCUUUUGGCACUUCUAUUGGCAUAUUCUGCUUCGCAUAGAGCACGCGUUCUGAACCACCCAGAGCCUACAAUUCGGAUUGCUACUUGGGUUGACAACGUAUUUCCAGCUCUGAGGCAGGAUCUGAACGACCCAGACAAGAAUUUUUCAGACGCGAACCUCGCGACGGCUAUUAUGCUAGCUUCGCUUGAGAUAAUCUCACCAAAGGUAUUCGGAUAUGAUAUGCCAUGGCAAAGACAUCUGGGCCUUGCGAGAGAACUCAUAACUGCGCGCCCAGGUGGCCUUCGCGGAUUUCAGUCGAAUUUUCGUCACGACCCGGUCUGCUCUUUCUUGUGGAGCUGGGCUGCAUAUCUUGACGUUAUAGGAAGCCUUAGUGGGGGACCGAAAGACUCGUCAUCAACCUGGAUAUUCGACUACGAAGUGGAUGACAUUAUAGAUGGCUAUGAUGAGAUAGACUGUAUCAUGGGCUUCACUACGCGAUGCAUCUACCUCCUUGCCAAUAUUGCUGACCUGGCUAGGAAGUGUGAUUCCGAGCGCAUCGGAGACGACCUUGAUGUGAGACAAGACUGGGAGCCAAGCGACGAAGUAUUAGGGCAGGCCUCGAGGAUUGAAGAAGCUAUUAAGGAUAGCAUGAUUCAGUUACCGGUGCCUUGCAAGCACAUACACAAGAAAGGAGAUGUGGAGAAGUGGGAUAGGCGAGAGAUGGAGGCAACGAACGAGGCUUUUCAUUGGGCUGGGCUCGUCCAUCUCUACCGCAGGAUCAUGGGGAAGCCAACCGAAGACAGGUCCGUCCAGGUUGCAGUACAGAAGAUCAUCGACUGCUUCAGCCGUAUUCGACCGGGCGGGACAGCAGAAUCUUGCCUUCUGUUUCCUAUGUUUACCGCGGGAUGUGAUGCUAUUGAUGAGGGACAGAGGACUCUAGUACUCAAACGAUUCAUGACAGCUGAGAAUCAUGGAAUGACUCAGAUUCAUAAUGCACGGCGGCUCAUGCAAAAGGUAUGGGAAACGCAGAGGCCUUGGGAGACGUUGGUAAGCACGGAAUUUAUUGGAUAA